GACUAAUCCCUAUAUUUUAGCCCGUAUGUCCCAUCCAUCCCAUCAUGCGCCGCCACCCACUCAAAUCUCUCGGGAUCCAUUCCCCAACCCAAGAAGCCUCUGACCCCCUCCUGGUUUUCAGCGCAGCCGCACCUGAUCCCCUCUCCUCCCUCCAUGGAGUCGUCAUAGCCGGCGAACCCAGCCACCAGGAUCGGCCUCCUCCCUGUCCUUCCUCCUCCUUCCCGAGGUUUCUUCUCCUCUAACCUCUCUCUCCCUCCCGUUCCUCUCGCAGGAGCUCGCCGCCGCUGCCGUGGAUUUGGAGGAGCGCCGCCAUCGAGCUUAGUCCGCGGCCACCGUUGCCCGGAUCCAGCAAUGGCCGACCUGUUUCACACGUUUCUCUGCCCGCCGGACCUCCCUGCGUGCUGCUCCCGUCCCAGGCCGCCAAGCCACGCCAUGGAUGCCACCACCAGGACCUUCGCCUGUGCUGCCGCCAUGGAUUGGAUUUGGCCGGAGCGGCUCAUCCGCCUCACCUCCCGUCCUCUGCUACCUUCCUCGCUCGGAUCCGAGCCGUCCCGGAGUCCCCUCGCCGGAGUCCUUCUCCAUGACGCUAGGCUGCACUGCCUCCGCCUUGGUGCACCUUUCCCCUGCCGCUUCCUGCUCAUGGCCGCCUCCAACCUCUCCAACGGCGCCUCGACCUCGCCACCACGUCGUUGCUCCGGCCAACUCCGGCAAGCCGCCGGCGAUCUGGCCACCCAGGACGCCCCUGCCUCCUUCCUCGUUGUCGCUGAGUUCCCCUGCUUCGUGCCUCUGCUCGCACCGCUGCCAGAUCGAGCGAGCGAGGAGAGCGCUCACGUUGACCCUUCCCCGAUUGGACCAAUGCAGACCGACCCAGCGCGCCUCCUCCCGUGCCAGAUCGCAGCCCAACCGGUCCACCUCACCAUCGACUGGGCCUUGGCCUUGGUUGGAUCCGGUAACGUCGCGUUUGUGAGGACCCGUUCUACUAUGUCCGUUUGUCUUCUUCAUGAACUCGUUCUUCUUCCUUGCGGGAUUUCAGUUCUCGUGAGGAGGCCACCUCUUGCGGACGACAUCGAUACGAAGUACACAAUGCUUGACCCUAGGUUCGACAAGUGUCACCGUGCCCGUUUCAUUGAGAAUGGAGUGAUGCUGCCGCCACUGCGGAUGAGGGCUCACAAGACGACGGUUAAGAUGGAGUACGAUGAUCGACGUGUGCUGCUUUACAUUUUGACAUCUUAUCAUCUGAACAUGGGCGAAUCGAAGGCCUUGUACAAGGUCUUCAGCAACGAGCUUGAUGCUCUCACGCCUUUCCAGGUUACUUGGCGAACGUAUACUGAUGAUCGAGAGUGGGGGUUCAAGCUGAACAGCACGUGCAAGCAGGACCGGCCUCUCUUCCGGUGCAUCGUGCCCAUGAUUUGUGUCUAUGCCGUGGAGUACCACUUGCCAUAG